AUAUAUCUAUGCUUACGUCACAAAUUUCAUUUUUUCCUGUCCUCAAUAUUUAAUAUUCAUAUAAAUCUUUUAUAUACCUUUUCUAUCACCUUCUCCUUAAGAUUUUAUCUGCUGUUAAACUAUAUCUUAUGAAUCUUCAGUCUCAAGAGUUUUCCACAACAUAGUAUUCUUCAUUUGGAUAAAUUCGUUUGGAGAUGAGGUUAUAAAUUGAUGUUGAAUGUGACAAAAUAUAUUCGGCACAUUAUAUUGAAGAAAAUUAAGAGCAAGACGCUUACUAAAAAAAUCAUGAAUGGUAUUAUAUCAAAUCAAAUGCCUGAAAAAAUUUGUCCGAAGGGCUCAUUCGAAGUACUCCCACCACCUGUAAAAAGUUGCAGCGACAGGAAAGAAUACAGGGUUAUAAGAUUAGAAAAUGGAUUAGUAGCUUGUCUAAUAGCAGAUACUGCUCCUUUAGAUCAUUCUGAUGAUAGUUCCAGCGAAGAAGAUUCUGACUUUGAAGAAUCUUCUGAAGAAUCGUCUGAGAGUUCUGAUGUAGAAAAUCAAAACAGUGAGAGUGAAAAUGAUGAUGCUCCAAUGAAGAAAGUAUCUGAGAUUGAAAAUAAAAUGGCUGCAGCAGCUCUGUGCGUUGGAGUUGGGAGCUUUAGUGAUCCUAAAGAUGUCCCUGGAUUGGCUCACUUUUUAGAACAUAUGGUAUUCAUGGGUAGUUCUAAGUAUCCAGCUGAAAAUGAUUUUGAUUCUUUCAUAAAGAAAAGGGGAGGAUCUGAUAAUGCAUCUACAGAUUGUGAGACGACUGUUUUCUAUUUUGAAUGCUUGGAAAAACAUCUUUAUAAAGCAUUAGACAAAUUUGCACAGUUUUUUAUUGAACCUCUAAUGCUAAAGUCUGCAAUGACGAGGGAAAGAGAAGCUAUAGAAUCAGAAUUUCAAAUGGCUCUACCUAAAGACAGUUUCAGGAAAGAACAGCUCCUAUGUAGUCUGGCUAAUGCUGAUACUCCUGUCAAUUCUUUUGCCUGGGGUAAUCUUGUAACCUUACGGGAUAAUAUUUCUGAUGAUAAAUUACAUCAUGAUGCCCAUAAAUUUAGACAGAGACAUUAUUCAGCACAUCGUAUGACUGUUGCAAUUCAGGCUCGUUUACCCAUGGAUGAUCUUCAGAAUUUUGUCCUGGAAAGCUUUUCUGAAGUACCAAGUAAUAAAUUGCCACCAGAUAAUUUUGACUUAUAUAAGAAUAAAGUGUAUGAUACAGCACAAUUUCCAAGGCUUUAUUAUAUUAAGCCCCAGAAGGAUAUUUGUCAGUUAGAUUUAACAUGGUGCCUUCCAUCAUUGCUGGACAAAUACAGAACAAAACCGCAUCAGUAUGUUUCAUGGUUGAUUGGUGACGAAGGAAAGGGCAGCCUACUUUCAUUUUUGAAGAAAAAGGUGUGGGCUCUAGCAAUAUAUACAGGCAAUGGAGAAACAGGCAUAGAACACAAUUCCAUGUACUCUUUGUUUUCUAUUUCUCUGGUCUUGACUGCUGAAGGACUCAAUAACAUAGCCGAUGUCAUAACAGCUGUAUUUUCCUACCUAAACAUGUUGAAACAAGUAGGGCCGCAAGAACGUUUAUUCAAAGAACUCCAAACCAUUGAGGAAAUCUCCUUCAAAUUCUCUAUGGAAGAGAGCCCCAUGGAUUAUGUUGAGCAAAUAUCAGAAGCUAUGCACUUUUAUAAAUCUGAGGAUUACAUUACUGGUUCAGACUUAUAUUUCGAAUAUGAUCCAGAGGGAAUACAAUCUGUCAUGGAACACCUCACACCAGAUAAAAUGAAUAUUAUCGUCAUGAGUAAAAAUCACAAGGAAGAAAUUGAUUUCAAUAAGAAAGAAAAAUGGUUUGGUACAUUAUAUACUGAUGAAGAAAUUCCACCUGAAUGGAUAGAUAGAUGGCAAAAUGCAAAGCCUGAUCCUGAUAUGAAUUUACCACUGCCAAAUCAAUUUUUAACAACGGAUUUUGAACUUUUACCGGACGAACCAGAUAUUCCAGAAUAUCCAGAAAAAAUUCUAGAAACUCCCCAGGUGGAGUUAUGGUAUAGGAAGGACCAAAAAUUCAAAUUACCAGUUGCACAUUAUCACUUUUACCUAAUAAGUCCUCUGGCAGUAGAAUCAGCUCUUAGCAUAUGUAAAAUGGAAAUGUUCAUGAAUUUAUUCAUAAUACAAAUUGCAGAAGAUAUUUAUCCAGCCCAGGUUGCAGAACUUUUGUAUUCCGUCAGUGCCAAUGAUCGAGGACUUGUGUUCAAGGUCUAUGGAUUCAAUCAGAAAUUGCCUAUAUUAGUUGAAGUUAUUAGUCAACACUUGAAGAUGAUGGAAUCGCAAUUGACGUCAGAUAUGUUUGAAGCUGUUAAAGAAAAAUUAGCUAAUAGUUAUUACAAUAAGCUCAUUAAGCCUUCAACUCUCACAAAAGAUUUGCGGCUGAGCCUACUAAUGGAUAAAUAUUUCACACCCACUGAGAAAUUUUCUGUAAUUUCACAAAUCACUUUUGAAGAAAUGAAAAAGUUUUGUGUUCAGUUCCUCGAGAAGCUAUAUGUAAAAGCUCUGGUACAAGGCAAUGUUGAUAAAGAUACUGCUUUAAGGGUAAUUGAAAAGUUUAUUUCAGAUCUAAGCUAUGCACCAUUGGAAAAGAAAUUAUAUCCUCAGUUCAAAAUUUGGGAAUUGCCCCAAGGAGAAAAAUGUUGUAGAGUACAGUCUUUCAACCAAAAUGAUUCCAAUUCCAUUGUUACCAAUUAUUAUCAGUCUGGACCAUUUAAUCUGAGGGAGAGUGUUAUCUUAGAGUUAAUAAUGAUGAUAAUCGAAGAACCACUCUUUGACAUUUUACGAACUAAAGAACAAUUAGGUUAUCAUGUAUUUUGUACCUUGAGGGAUACAUUUGGCAUUCUUGGUUAUUCAAUAACAGUAAAUGCUCAGGCAACAAAAAAUACUACAAGUUAUGUUGAUCAACGCAUUGAAAAUUUCAUAAAAGCUAUGAACAAAACACUGAAAAAAAUGUCAGAAAAAAAAUUCAAUCAAGUUAAAAGAGAUUUAAUCAAAAUGAAACAAAGUACAGAUGUUGUACUAGAAGAGGAAGUUUCUAGGAAUUGGGUAGAAAUUUUAGGAGACGAUUAUAUGUUCGAUAGAUUAAAAAAGGAGAUUGCAAUAAUUGAAACUAUCAGAAUUACUGAUCUAAGGAAGUUUUGGGAGAAUAUAAAUCUACUAGGAAAUCAACAGAAUCAUAGGAAACUUACAGUUCAGGUUGUGGGAUUCAAUAUAAAUAGCGAGGAAAGCAGUCCUCAGAAAACAAAUGACGUAUGUGAAAAAAAUAUUGAUUCUGAAAAGGAUUCUCCGCUUGCUGUCAAAAAAGAAAAACCUGUUGUCACCUUCUUAAAAUCUAUAGAUAAAAUUAAACAUUCAGAAGAAUAUUUCAUCUGUGAUAUGAAUGAGUUUAGAAAAAAUUUGAAAUUUUAUCCUGUAUCUCCUAAUCAAUUAAAGUAAUUAUUUCGCAAUUUAUAUUCAGUACCUAUCUACCUAUGGUUUGUUUAUUUAUUCUUUUAUAAACUAUGUUUUACAAUGUCAUUAAUAGAGGGUAUUUCUUGCAUAUUAUCGUGGAACUUUUCAGUUUGAAAUCAAAAUUUACAUUAAAUAUUUGAGAUGUGUAACUUUAGAACAAUAAAAAAUAAAGUUUUUCUGCAUUUAAA